AGCUCUACUUUUCAAUUGGUUUGUUCAUCAAAAGAUGUUUGCGACCAAUCAGACCGCGUCGUUUACUCUACUUCCUGAAGGUAUAAUAACUUGCUGCGCCAUGGUUAGUACAUCUCUUUCGAAGCGAAAAAACUGGUGUCUGAGACCUCAACUUCUUUAGCAGCUGUACGUUUUAGGCAGACUAUUCAGCGAUUAUGUCGGGCCGUGGAAAGCAGGGAGGCAAGGCUCGCGCCAAGGCUAAGACUCGAUCCUCCCGGGCCGGGCUCCAGUUCCCGGUUGGCAGAGUGCAUCGUCUGCUUCGGAAAGGGAAUUAUUCUGAGCGGGUGGGAGCUGGAGCGCCGGUGUAUUUGGCUGCCGUGUUGGAAUAUCUCACUGCUGAAAUCUUGGAGUUAGCUGGCAAUGCUGCCCGUGACAACAAGAAGACGCGUAUCAUUCCGCGUCAUCUUCAGUUGGCUAUCCGCAAUGAUGAAGAGCUCAACAAACUGCUGGGCAAAGUCACCAUCGCCCAGGGCGGAGUGCUGCCCAAUAUCCAGGCCGUGCUGCUGCCUAAGAAGACCGAGAGUCACCACAAAGCCAAGGAAAUUUUAGACUUUGCAGGGUUGCACAAUCCCUGAAGCCCACCUACUCAGCCCCAUUGGAAGAAGGCUUUCAAAAGACGUGUGACCAAAGCUCAAGUACAGCCACAAGGAGCUACUCCAUCUACGUGUACAGUGUAUAAGAUGCU